GUACCAGGUUCGGGAUGGCUUGGUGACUGAUCAUCCAAACAAAACAGUUGUCAUGACGACUACACUCUGCUGUCUCCGGUGAGGACCGAUGGUCGAACAUGGACGCCCUGUCCAGCCACAGCUCGUACCUGCUCCAGCAGCUGCAGGAACAGCGCAUCCAGGGCUUGCUGUGCGACUGCAUGCUGGUUGUCAAGGGUGUCUGCUUCAAGGCUCACAAAAACGUGCUGGCUGCCUUCAGCUCAUACUUCAGGUCCUUGUUUCAGAAUUCACCCAAUCAGAAGAAUGACGUUUUCCACCUGGGCAUUCAAGACGUGGGAGGCAUCGGCCAGAUGCUGGACUACAUGUACACUUCCCACCUGGACGUGACCCAGGACAAUGUUCAGGCCAUCCUGGACAUGGCGCAGUGUCUCCAGGUCCCCAACGUGCUCAACAUGUGCAACACCUUCCUGAAGACGCGUGCCUCUGCCAUGGAGGUGCCCCCCUCCUUCCCCCUGUCCGGCGUUCUGCCGCCUGUCUCCGAGUGCCUGCUCGGGGCGGGGUUGCCCUCGGACAUGGACCUUUCCUGCCCCCCCUCGGAGGUGCAGAAGCCCCCCUGCGGCCCCUCGGAUAUGGACCCCUCCCGGAGGCCUCAGUCCAUGCUACCCCCCAGCCACUCCUUCGACACCCCUGGCGGCGCCCCACCCACGCCCGAGAAACAGCUGGUUCACGGGCACAAGCUCCGCAACUUCUACAGCAAGCAGUACUUCCGACAGACCGCCCCUAAUAACGCCCCGAAUCCUGCCCCCAGCCACACCCUCAACCCUGCUCCAAGCCACGCCCCAAACCCCCUGGUGGUGGAGGAGCACUUUCCUGGCACUGCCAACAUCUCAGUUCCGCCAGACAGCUCUGCGUGUUCGGCGGGUGCCCCUCCGUCCGUGGCAGCGCCCCCCGCCCCAGCGGGAGAGGAGUGCAUGAUGCCCACCGAAACUGAGACUUCGGCGGCCACCAACUCGGGGGGCAAGGGGUCCCCCAUCAGCAAGCAGGUGCGCCCCAAAAAGGCGGUCUACCUGAAGAAGUACAACUACCUGCGCUCCCAGAAGGCCCUGGAGGAGUUGCAGGAGCAGGGAGAGCCUCCGGCCCUCAGAACAAAGGAGAGCAGCCCGGAGGAGCUGGCCAAAGACCCAGGGGAGAGCCCCAGCCACAGCCCGGCGGCAGAGCGGGAGACGGAGCCCACGCUGGCGCCCGUCCUCCCACCCGCCGCACCCGCGGCCCCGGAGCAGAGCGUGCAUAGCGCCGCCGAAGAACCCGCACAGCAAAAACAGCACAGCUGCAGUGUGUGCGGGAAGACCUUCAAACACCCCAGCAACCUGGAGCUCCACAAGCGCUCGCACACCGGAGAAAAACCUUUUCAGUGUAACAUCUGUGGGAAAAACUUCUCUCAGGCGGGAAAUCUGCAGACUCACUUGCGUCGACACUCUGGAGAAAAACCUUACAUUUGCGAGAUCUGUGGAAAAAGCUUUGCAGCCUCUGGGGACGUCCAGCGCCACAUUGUGAUACACACCGGAGAGCGUCCACAUCUGUGCGACAUCUGUGGGAGGGGGUUCAGCAACUUCAGCAACCUGAAGGAACACAAGAAGACCCACACAGCGGAGAAAGGGUUCACCUGCGACCAGUGUGGCAAGUCCUUCAACAUGCAGAGGAAGCUGCUGAAACACAGGGUCCGCCACUCUGGGGAGAGACCAUACAGCUGUCAGACAUGUGGAAAGAGCUUUGCUGGGUCAGGUGACCUGCGGAGGCACGUGCGGACACACACGGGCGAGAGGCCAUACACCUGUGACACCUGCGGGAAGGGUUUCACGCGCUCAGCGGUCCUGCGUCGGCACCGCGCUGCGCACUGCAGCACCGAGGCGGGCGGGUCGAGGGAGGAGGAGACGGGCGGGGCCGGCGCCGUCACUGAGGGAACGCCGUUCCUCCAGCAGCCGGGUCACGGCAAAGUCCUGCAGGACUCCGAGCCCUUCCCCGGUCUGCUGCCCCCCGCCCCAGACAAGCCCCCGCCCGUCCACGACGAACCUACUCCCAGCAUGCACCUCAGCCCCACCUCCUCCACCUCCUUCUCGGAGCUGCGGCCUGUGGAGCCGCACCACCUCCUCUCGCCCCAGCCGGAGAAGUGCCCGCCCCCGGACUCCCUCAAACUCCACAAGCCGCACCUCCCCCAUGACUCCUUCCCCUACCCGGAGGAGAACGGGCCGUCAGCUGAAGACACGCUCCAGGGGUCCGCUGCAUCGAUGAUCCGCCCCUCCCUCUCCACGCUAGACAAUCACUGCGGGCUCCCUCUGGGGAACCGGCCCAAUGGCGCCCCCUAUAGGAGCAACGAGGGACCCUUCUUCUCCAGCGUUACACUGUGGGGACUGGCUAUGAAGACCCUGCAGAAUGAUAAUUGCAUGGAUCAGUGAGGAGGGGGACUUUUUGGCCCUGCAUAUAACAGCCAGACAGAGCAUUGUGAAUUUUUCCAGAUGUAGACUUUAUUUUCAUACAUAGCUUUCCACCCAGAGGUAACAAAUACCCAUGUGUGUUUUUGUUUUUGUUUUAUA